GAACCGAUCAAAGCAACUUUCGUUGCUUUGUGAUUGUUUUUGUGAUAUUUGCAGCAUUUCAUUUUUUUGAAUCAACGAUUUUUUGCUGAUUACUUCUUUGCAAUCAACUUCGCACGAAUUGAUACAAUUUCAUUGUGUAUCAAAUUUCUCCGAGAAUUGAUUACUUGACAGUUCUUUUUCGCAAAAUUUCGAAAUAUGACAAACAGCCUUUUUUUUAUUAAUAAGGAUAUUUUGGCUCAAACGCUAUCAUUAACUACGCCGUUGGCUGAUACAAAACAGAUUCAUAAUAGUCGGGUAGUCCGGUUAUCGUAGCGGAAUGAUGAGGGAAGGGAUGACAUUGCUCCGACAGUAGGGGACAGUGCCGGAUAACGAGUUUUAAGUUGCCCUUAUUGGAUCCAAAUGAGACAUUUAGAUUUUUAAAUAUUAUAUAAUCUCUUGUUUCGUGGAUUAUGAUCCACGAAUUUUAUCCAGUGAAGGAUUGCACAUGCUUGUUAAUAUCAGUUUGUUCUUAUGAAAAGCAGUAAUUAUGUGUGUUGUGAGAACGGAAAUUAAAACUCUUAUCGCGUUUAUUUAAAUUAUGAAUUGUAUCUUCAAGCAAUAAGAAAGAUGCGACAUAUUUUAUGUCUCUUACAUGUAUAGUUUUAUACAAAUAUAGAAAAAUAUAUAUUUUUCAAGAUAAAAUUAAAAUAUAGAUUUAUAUGUAUAUAUCAACAUCCCAUGUUAUCUAUUAAUUGAAUAGAAUUCAUAAGUUAUGUAGAAAGAGAAAGAAUAAAUAUUUAACUAAAAUAUUAAAGACUUAAAGAAACAUAUCUUUUUAUAUUAGUAGAAACGUAAGACUCUUAUCGGAUUUUUUAAACAGCGUUACUCUCUCUGCUCCAUUCUUUUAACUCCGAAUUUUAUCGCGUCGAUGGAUUGUGCCGGUACUGGCGUGGGUUCCUGGAGAACCGCUUACAAUUCGUAGCUUUCUCCCGAUGCGACCAGUCUCGAUGCGGCCGCCUUUCGAGUCUUCCGGUCGAGGGAACACGUCCUCUGGAACAUGCACAAAUUAGUCAUGUCGACAAGCAGCGAUAUACAUCGCAAAUUCGGAAUAUGCUGUUAAAAGUGAAAAAAAUGAAUUAAAUCGCGGAUGUGCUCGUGGAAAAUUUCAAGUGGUUCAUUCCGUGAUUCUGCAUUGGAAAUGUCGGGAAUUUGAGGAAAAAGAUGGGAAGAGUGAUCGAAAAUGAUUAAGAAUAGUUAAAAAAUCGUGUGAUUGUAAUUAUUGAAAAACUUCCCAAAGUUUCAAGUCUAAAUAUAUUAUUUCCCGAGAACAAUUGUUGCCAUUGUGAAGAAAUAUUAUGUGAUUGAAGCGCGCGUGUACCAUCCACGGAACAUCGGUUGUGUCGCCAACCAUUUUGAAAUUUUUCAAGAAAGUAAAAGAGACUUUGUAGAUUAAAAAAUACGGUUUUGACAAUACUCAUUAGAUUUGAAACUAAUUAAUUACAGAUCUCAAUUUAUUGUAGUUCCUAUUGUAUUAAAAAUUAUUAUUUUUUAUUAGAGUUAUUUUAUUGAAUUUACAAUUUUGUGGAUUUUUUAAAAGAUUGCAAAUCAGCUACUUAUUAUAUCAUUCUGGUUCACGCUUUAUUCAACGAUAUUUUAAAGUUCAAGAACUAUCCGCUACAACAAUUAUUCAGAUUUCACCGUGAUAAAUAAUCUCGUUAUACAGUAAAUCCUGUUGAACUGAAUAUCAUUACACUGACGAUGAUCCGCUAUACCUGGUACUCGAUCUUCGAGCUACGUGAUCGAGUCUUUGUGCGAUAGCUUCUUCGGAGUGCUAUAAGAAGUGAUGUGCGGCUUGUGUGCUUAACUUGGCAGUGAAUUUUGUAAAAGACGAACUAUCUCCGACAUUUUGACACGGAUUAAGGAUUACUUUCGCAAACAACGCCUUUCGGAUAAGCGUAUAUGGCCGAUGCGCGACUGGAAUGGCAGAAAAGUUGCGCGAGGCGGCUGCUCGUGGCGACGUUGCUCGAGUCACACGCUUGCUCGAUGAAAAUGUUAAACCGUUACCCGACGAGAAUGGCCGGGGGCCCCUGUUGCUGGCCGCGGCAGGUGGUCACGUGGAAGUGUGCGAGACCCUGUUACUGCAGGGCGUCGACGUUAGUGCCGCAGACGAUCAUGGAAACUCGGCGCUACACGAGGCAUCAUGGCGCGGAUACAGUCGAACCGUGGCGGUUCUGGCAAAGGCCCUCGGGACCCAGCGGGCCCCUCUGCAUGCCAGGAAUCUCGCCGGAUUUGCACCGCUUCACCUCGCCUGUCAAAACGGCCAUAAUCAAAGCUGUCGAGAGCUCCUCCUAGCCGGCAGCAAUCCCGAUCUUCAGAAUAACUAUGGCGAUACGCCACUUCAUACUUCGGCACGUUACGGCCAUGCCGGUGUAACGCGUAUACUAAUUUCAGCCCUGUGCAGGGUAUCUGAUCAGAACAAAAACGGCGACACCGCCUUGCAUAUAGCCGCUGCGAUGGGUCGCCGGAAGUUGACGCGAAUCCUCCUGGAAGCCGGUUGCGAUCGAAGUCUGCGAAACAAACAAGGUGAAACAGCAAAGGAUAUCGCCCGCCGUAAGAAUCACACCGAAAUUCUCGAGAUUAUCUCCAAGGCUCGCGGUAAAAGCCGAAUGCGUAGCAAAAGCUGCGAAAGAGACUUAGUAGACGGCAAGAUAGAUAACGAUAAGGCAAUAAAUAAAAAGCGAGAAAAGACUGGAAGUGGUACGAGUGGUGGCGGAAGCAACUCAAAGAAAGAUCGAAAGAAACACAAGCCCAGCAACAAGCAGCACAAGGUCCGUUUUGAAAAGGCUAUCAUGGGCCGACAAUGGUCGCCUUAUGGCUGUCACUACUACCCUGAUCCGGAAGCGUUCCCUCAACCCCGUCUGGACUCCUUGCCAGCUGACCCUUUAGGACGAGGCGAGCAGUAUUACUUGGAUCUAGCGGGUAAUAUUAGAAAAGGUCCGGUGGGCGUGGGAUAUACGUGCUAUUGCGCGCCAUUUUUCCGUCAUAUGGAAGCAAAACUGGAACGAGACAAGGCCGAGUUAAAAGCACACAUCGAUCAGGCUCACGAAAAGCUGGAUCUGAAGGUGGCCAAUCUGGAAAGGAGAACCAGGGGACAGAUCUCAGAACUGACACGAUGCGUUCAGGAAGAACGGUCCAGAUGCGACGAGAGGUACUCGCACUUUCAGCGAUACUUGCAGCGAGGUGGAAGAGAUAGAUACAGCGAAAGGCCGAUGAAAACCAAUUACUAUCAGUCGGAGAUGGUGAUACCGGCUAGAACGAGAUCACUGGAAGAUCUGUUGGAUGAUCGGCCGCAGGAUCGUAGUUUCGAAAUUCCGGGGGAAACGCCGAUUCAUCGCGGAAGUUUGGAUGAUCUUGAUAUACCGGCCAUACCUAGACUUAGCACAUCCAUGAGAGAUCUACCUUCGAGAUCUGGAACGGCUAGAUCGGCGCUUAGAGUGUUGGACAUUCCUCCGAGAUUGAACGAAACAUUCGACGGGGUCAUUCGACAGGGUGGAAUCUCGCCCUUAGACGCAGCACCGACGGAAUCAUCUUCUAUGGAAGGAAGGCAUCAACAAAGGGAUUGCGCAUCGUAUGAUAUGCAUGGCAUGGCCGUGGAUAAUAAUAAUACUCGAAAUAUCGGCGAUGGAAAUACGAUGGAAUGGAAUGGUGAUCGUCGCAGCGUCCACGAGAUAAUUAAGCGAUUUCAGCAAGUACCUGAUAUGCAUAAUGGCUGGCAAAGGAUUCGCUCCAGAAGUAACGAACAGGCUAAUUUGGAUGAAUAUACUAAGUGCUCACAAAAUCAGAGAGUGCAUUCUCAAGAUAAUGACAGCGAAAGUAGCGAAGGGGAAGGCGAUGACACCGAACAACCCGAGGCAUACAAAGGAGCGAACUGUAUAAAAGGUAUUCCCGAAGACAUGCACUACGAUAGUAUCGCGAGAAUGCCCUACAGAUCACGCAACCCGGUAUACAGUCCGACACCGCCUCUGCACGAUACCCAUAAUGAUUCUGGAUACAGUACUCGUAUGUACGGCUCCAGCAAAGGCGCAUCGCCUUCCUUAUCAGGUCAACUAGAAUGUGACGUGAUUCUACCACCUUCGACGGGGUCAUUCACGAACGGGGAACAACUCGCCGCUUUGUUGGAGCAGCCAAGAGGGCACGAUCUAACAGUUUAUGAGCGAAAUGCUGAUAAUGUCGUAAUUAACAUCGGUACCGCCAGUCUGGUUUAGCGCUGCUGAAACCAUAUAACUCUUCAACCGAAAAUGAAAUAAUUUUUAAAAUAUAUAAAAUAUAUGUAGUUAUGUUACACACAUUGUACAUAUAUAAAAUAUAUACAUAGGCUGCUCUAGAGAUGUUAAAGCAAUGACCGUUUUGCUGUUAAUAUCAUCGUUAUAAGUGUCAUAUCCGUCCGCAUUGCCAUAAUUUUAUUUUACACAGAAAUAGAAAUAAAUAUUAUAAAAUGAGAGCAACAAUAUAUUUAUUAUUUCUGUAAAAUAUGUGAAUUUUGUCUCUCCAUAAUAAAAAAAUCUAUGAAAUGCGCGAAGUGUGUUUGAAUCACAUUUCUUGAAUCUAUUGUUACCCUUUUCCCGCAUGUCUGAUCGGUGGUCGAUGAUGUAAGUCGAGUGAAUGUUAGUGUUUUGUGUAACACUCCACGAAAUUCAAAAGAAAUUCUUAACAGUUUUACGGUCAAACCAAUAUUGCAAAAAUAUCUUGAUUUUUCGUAUAAUAUUUUGCGAAAACCUGACAGUAUAUC